AUGGGUACUAGCAACUCUUACUCUAUUUCCAUUUUUCUUUUCAACCCCUCUUAUAUAUACAAAAAAAAAAUUUCCUUACUUUUUUGCUAUGGAGCCAUUUUGGAAAAAUGACUAAGUCAAAAUGGAAAAAAUUUAAAGAUGGCGGAAGAAGAAGGACAUAAAAAUGGAAGUGCUUGUGAGCGACAUUGAAAAUUCAAAAAACUGAUUUUAAGCAUUUUCGUCUUUAUAAAGUAA